AAAAUGGAAAAAAGAAGAAGAGAAGAAAGCUUAUAUUUGAAGCAGUGUGGUGCCUCCAACUACAAGCUAGUAGUGACAGAACAAACUAGAGCUUUCUCCUUCACUGGUUACUCUCACGCACUUUAAUUCCUCCCAGGGUGGUGGUGCUGUGACCUGUUCUUUUAAAUGCCAGAAGAUAUCGUUUAUGAGCACCCUUUGUUUGGGGGCAAAAUAUCAAGCACUUUCCCCAACAGGUUCCAGGAUGUCAGCAACAUUCGAGAAGUCCCUGAUCAUCAGGAGGUGUUCGCGGACCCGAGCCGUGAUGAAAGCUUGAUCUUUGAGCUUUUAGAAUUUAAGCCUGAUAUUCCUGAUAAUGGAAGUGCUGCAUGGUUUCUUCAAGACCUUGCUAGUGAGCAGGAUGCUGAAGGAAGUGUGGUCAUUGAGCAGUCAGGAGUUCUUGAAGCACCUGGUUUGAUGUACAGAAAUACACCUGCUGUUGUAACAACUGCAGUAGGCCAAAUGGCAAUUUCCAAGGGACGGCAAGGAAGGGAAGCACAAAAUAUUGUGAAAGUUUAUUUGGCAAAUUUGCGUCUUAAAGGAGUUGAUACUGAUGUACUAGUCACUGCAUAUGAGCCCAUUGUUAUAAACCCUUUGAGCGAAAGUGCAGACACAGUUGGUGCUGGUGUAGCUGUUCCUGCUGCACAAGCUGGAUGUAUGUCCAUGGAUGAGGUCAUUAAACUUACUGUUACAAGCUUCAAGGUUAAUGACUGGGGUCUUUUUGAUGCAAGACCCUAGGUGUGCUAGGAGCAACUUUAUGCUCAGCUAUGUGGAAUCAGGACUUAAACAUAAUUAUUUGAGUGAAAAUUUGAAAAGAGGUGCUAUUCCCAUUUUGAUCACUGUAUAUUCUUCACAGGUUCUCUCUUUGGGCCAGAAUUCCUUUUUUUUUUUUUUUUUUUUAGGCAUUUGGUCAUAUUUCAUCCAGUUAUUAGCUUGUAGGACUGUCAACUAGUAACUGGAGAGAAUAAUAUGUUGUUAAGAAAUGUCAGUGACUUUUUUCUUUUUGGAGGUGCUGGAUUACAGUUUGUAAUAGUUCACAUUUCUUUAUAUGUUGCUUUAUGUGCCCUACAAUUUGGGACAGAAAGAACGUGCUUCUUGGAAGCACUCUGACUGCAGCAUAAAGGACUAAAGCCACCUGGUUGUACCGUGGUAGGGUUUAUGUAUUAUUGAGUUUUGGCCAGAAAAGUAGUUAUACACAAAAUGAUGAAAUACCUGAAGAGAAAUUUAGGUAGGCUCCAUUGACGUGUAAAGUUAAGUCAUGUUA